AUUAGAACGACGAACAAUAAUAUUCAAUUUACGAGUCGUUCAGAUAAGGACAGUCAUAACAGAGACCGGGGAUUUUUUUUUCCAGCGUAGCUCCUACGCGAUCUUCUCUCGAAUAUGCUGUAAUUAGUCAUCUAGUUUAGAAAUAAAAUGCAUCCACUCUGGUUGCUGCUAGAUUGUGAUUAAUCGUGUUUAAAAAGUAGUUGUACGAAGAAGUGGAACAUUCUUAAUAGAUAUUUGUUCAACCACAGUAAUCUAAACAAUAACCAAAUUUGUCCAGUCUCCGUAAAACUUAUAAGUAGAAAUGUCUAAGCUUUACCUACUACCGAUAUCAGUGUUUGUACUGUUCAAUUUUACCUUCAUCGGAACAUACAUUGCUGCAGUUCUCCAAGGUCACGUUGUGCCCACCGUGCCGUACAUAAGCGAUGCGGCUACCUAUUCCCCCGAAAGUUGCGUCUUUGGACAGCUGAUCAGCUUGGGGUGUGUUUUGCUCGGCAUCACAAUCUACGUACGGUUUAGGCAAAUUCAGGAGAUUUCUCUGCGACAUGCCGAUGUGCAACGGGCCCUCGAACGGAUGAAUGGCCGAGCCUUCUGGGUUGGUAUGGGCUCUUGCUUGGGUAUCAGUAUUGUGGGUAACUUCCAGGAGACAAACGUACGCAUCGUGCAUUAUGUGGGGGCUUUCCUGGCGUUUGGACUUGGUACACUCUACUACUGGAUGCAGGCCUACAUUUCCUACCACCUGCAGCCCUACAUCGGUUCGAUGAUGAAAGCCCACAUCCGGCUUGCAAUCGCAUCAAUUUGCACCAUAUUCUUCAUCAUUGUCGCCGUAACGGGCAUCAUCUCGCACAUUCUGUUCAACGGUACCGACCCACGGAAGUGGUACCCGUCGGACGGAGGCUGGGAGUACCACGUGGCAAGUUCCAUUUCCGAGUGGAUUGUCGCAACGGCCUUCUGCUUCUACAUCCUAACAUUCACCGACGAGUUUCGGGUAAUGCAGUUGGAUCAUCCACCGCUAAUCUUCCUCGAGGUUGAAGAAUCGCAAUACUACGAACCAGUAAUUAACGAACCGGUCAGUUCCGAUUCGUGAUGCGUUUCGUCCGAAUCAUCACCACCCGCAGCCAACGACCGAUCGAAGCGUACCACGCCUUCUGUCCGGAAACCGAUCGAAGAGUCCAUCCCACGUAUCACGUCCAAGCAGCGCUCGCUAAGCCUGAACGAUCUUGAUCUUCUGAAGCAAAACAUUGACCGGGAGCGGCGGCAGCAUCGCUGUGCUCAUCACAACUUUCGGACUAAUUCCAACGUGGAACGGAUCUGUGAUGGGUUUAACUGUAUCAUCAAUAUCAAGCAUUCAUUUAAUAGUCAAAUCGGGACCAUCGACAGUGCAGGGUUGUUUGAGCUUCCGACUGGAUUGGGUGAUUCUGGGUUUGAUCUCUGCUCCUCGGAGUUGCAGUUGUUUGAGUUGUUUCGGGAAAAGCUUGACCCGCGGAAGAUUGCUUCGCUCUCGAUGUCGCUGAUGCUGGUUGCCAUUCUGGAAGCGCUUCACACGCUGACCGUCUUCUUUAGUGAUAAUUUUAACCGGCACACUAGCUAUUUGUAAGCUACGCGCCUCGUCAUAUCAUGUUUAUUUUUUCAUGGAGACAUUUUGUUUAAUAGUACCUACAUUUUAGGAUUGACUGGGUUUGUCUUAGAAUAUUGUAAGUUUAAGAUUACAGGCUGUAAU